UUGUUAUAAUAUUAUUGUGACGAAAUCGCGAGCUCGGGUUUAGCAGUCGACGAGGGUUUUCGCAGUGGCCACGCGGCGGUUAUUGCGAUUUUUACACACUCGCCGUCUCGCCAGCGAUCGGUGGGUGCCACUCGUCGUCGUAUAUUAGUCCGCUGCUGUCCGUGAACGAUAUAAUAUCAUAUUUUACCUCUUCCGCGGGACUAUAGAGUUCGACCACAUACCCACACCCCUACGUCAUCACUGCACAUCUCCGGCAGGACAACCCCUUCAAACGACACACCCGUGUACCGCGCGACUUCCGAUAUUAUCACACGAGUGCACAGUAUUAAACACACCCGCCGCAGGGGCCCACGUUGGUCUACUUUAUAUUACACGCAUCAGCGGUGAAAACUUAUAUUCACCGCCGCCGCCAUAUAACUGCAGUUACGUGCCUCACUGUCAUACCUCGUGAAUUCCGAUCCGUGCUUCGAGUCGAAUUUCAAACCUUUUCACCGGCAUGACGUCGACGAGAACGCGCAACAACGACGCUUUUUAGUCGGUGACCACCUGCCCACAUAUUAUACACCUACACCGCAGACAUCGUGUUCAUUUCGUGAUAUAUAUAUAUAUGCCAGAGAUCGCCAGUUGUGCUACGAAGAAUAUCAAAAUGGCCAGCACGUCCAGCCCGAUAUCGGACUUUUUCCGCGGCCGUCACGUACUCAUCACCGGUGGCACAGGGUUCAUGGGCAAGGUGUUGGUGGAGAAAUUGCUGCACUCGUGUCCAAACAUCGCAUGUAUAUACCUAUUAAUCAGGCCCAAACAAGGCCACGACGUCAAGUCUAGGCUGGAUCAACUACUCAACGCUGCGAUAUUUGAUUGGGUGAGGAAAAAUCAACCCGAGUCUCUAAAAAAAUUAGUGCCGAUUAAUGGUGAUGUCACUAAAUACGAACUUGGCAUCAGCGCAUUGGAUCAAAAAACGUUAAUUGAUAACGUAUCUAUUGUGUUCCACUCGGCAGCCACCGUUAAGUUCGAUGAGGCGCUUAAACUUUCGGUUGCCAUGAAUUUGUUAGGUACUAAACGAUUGGUGCAGCUGAGCUACCGUAUGACCAAGUUAGAGGUGAGUGCUACACAGAUAUAUAGUUUCUAAUUAUCGUAAAAACUA